UUUAGCUCCUCUUUGUCGUGUUGUUGUCUACAUAACACAGCCAUGCCUCCACCAAAAUCUAAGGGCGGGAAGAUGCUCUCGCUCAUCAACUGGCGCCUAAAAAUCACACUCAACGAUGGCCGUGCUCUAACUGGCCAGAUGCUGGCGUUCGACAGACACAUGAACCUUGUGUUGGCAGAUUGCGAGGAGUUCCGACGUGUUAGGGCAAAGAAGAAGGCAGGAGAAGAAGGUCCUGCUCCAGAGCAAGAAAUUAAACGCUCAUUGGGCCUUGUGAUUCUGCGAGGGGAAUCGGUCGUGAGCUUGAGCGUGGAGGGACCGCCUCCAGUUGUGGACGAAGACAAGAAGGUUGCGGGGAUCCUCCCAGGACCUGGUCGUGGAAUGCCUGCUGGUCGUGGAAUGGGCAUGAUGCCACCAAUGGGUGCUCCCCCGUUUGCUCGACCGCCUGUACCCUUUGGAGGACCGCCCGGAAUGCCUGGUGGACCACCGCCUGGGUUUAGGCCACCGGGCUUCCCUCCGGGUAUGCCUUUCCCUCCCCCACCAGGUUUCGGUGGGGCCGGCGCUCCGCCGCCUGGCUUCCAGCCGCCUUCGCAAUGAAGUGGGAACGACCAGCAAGAAAGUUUCCCGGUGCUGCGAGGAGAAGCUUGCAAGGUUUUCUGGAUUCCAUGCCUUGGAAGAUCGUCAUGAGUGUCCGAUUAUGCAAAACUUACGACUUUCGACAUGCCACCUCGGUGUCUGUGCGAUGUAGUCUAUUUCUUUGAUUUCUGUACUUUCAUUACGCAUUGAACAAAAGGAGUUCAGAGAUAAUAGCUUUAGGACUCGGAUGCGAAGCUUGCUUUCAAUUGACAAAGGAUCUACC